AUGGCGCCCACCGACCUGCCCCCACCCCUUGAGGGCAAGAAGAGGAGGAUCGGAGUCAUGACCAGUGGAGGAGACGCUCCUGGCAUGAACGGAGCAGUACGAGCCGUCGUCCGCAUGGCCAUUCACAACAAUUGCGAGGCGUACGCCAUCUACGAGGGCUACGAUGGACUCGUCAAGGGUGGAGACAUGAUCAAAGAAAUGCACUGGGAGGAUGUGAGAGGCUUCUUGUCUGAGGGAGGCACGCUCAUCGGCACAGCGCGAUGCAUGGAGUUCAUGCAGCGAGACGGUCGCCGGAAAGCCGCCAAGAACAUGAUCGUCAAGGGCAUCGACGCCCUCAUCAUCUGCGGCGGUGACGGCUCCCUCACUGGUGCAGACAAGUUCCGCGACGAGUGGCCCAGCCUGCUCGACGAGCUGGUCCAGGGCAAGGAGCUCACCGAGGAGCAGAUCCAGCCCUUCAAGCACCUCAACAUCGUCGGCCUGGUCGGCUCCAUCGACAACGAUCUCUCCAUGACGGACGCGACCAUUGGUUGCUACACAUCCCUUGGCCGCAUCUGCGAAGCCAUCGACUCGGUCGACACGACGGCCGUCAGUCACCAGCGUGCCUUUGUCAUCGAGGUCAUGGGCAGACACUGUGGUUGGCUCGCCCUCAGUGCUGGCGUAGCGACUGGAGCAGACUUUGUCUUCACCCCCGAGAACCCUCCUUACGAAGGCUGGGAGGCGGAGAUGUGCCAACAGAUCAAGAAGCAGAGGGCCAUGGGCAAGCGGAAAACCAUUGUCGUCGUCGCCGAGGGGGCCAUUGACCGAAACCUGAACAAGAUCACACCCCAACAGGUCAAGGACAUUCUCUCCAACGAAGCCAAGCUCGACACCAGAAUCACAACUCUCGGCCACGUUCAGCGUGGAGGUACUCCUUGUGCUUACGAUCGCAUGCUUUCCACACUACAGGGCGCCGAAGCCGUUAAUGCAGUCCUGGAAGCCACUCCCGACACUCCCAGCCCCGUCAUCUGCAUGCAAGAAAACAAGAUCGUCCGUCGACCUCUUCUGGAAGCCGUCGCUCAGACCAAAGAAGUCGCCGUAGCCAUUGGAAACAAAGACUUCCACAGGGCCAUGGAGCUCCGCGAUACCGAAUUCGAAGAGCAGUACAAGUCAUAUCACAUUACAACAGCUGCCGACCAGCCUGACCUCCUACUACCAGAGAACAAACGUAUGCGCGUUGGUAUCAUUCACGUUGGAGCGCCAGCCGGAGGAAUGAACGCUGCCACACGUGCUGCCGUGGCGUACUGUAUCGCUCGCGGACAUACACCCAUUGCUCUUCACAACGGUUUCCCUGGGAUCAUUCGCCAUCAUUCUGAUAAACCGAUGGGCGCAGUUCGAGACAUUAAAUGGAUCGACGCCGAGACAUGGGCCUCAAAGGGUGGGUCUGAGAUUGGUACAAACCGUGGUCUGCCCAGCGAGGACCUCGAGACUGUAGCCUUGGUGUUUAGCAAGUACAACAUCCAGUCGCUGUUCGUCGUUGGAGGCUUCGAGGCCUUCACCGCUGUUAUCAUCCCUGCCACAAUCUCGAACAACGUCCCCGGAACAGAAUACUCUAUCGGCUCAGACACCUGCCUGAACGCAUUGAUCCAGUACAGUGACGCCUGCCGACAGAGCGCCUCUGCCUCGCGUCGUAGGGUGUUCGUCAUCGAGACACAGGGCGGCGAGUCUGGCUACAUUGCCACAGUCGCAGGUCUCAGUAUUGGAGCGCUGGCCGUCUACACUCCCGAGGAGGGAAUCAACAUCAAGAUGCUGGACCGCGACAUGGACCAUCUGACAGAGGUGUUCAAGCAGGACAAGGGCAACUCCCGGUCCGGCAAGGUGAUUCUAGUGAAUGAGAAAGCAUCAAAGACAUACAGCGUCCAAAUCAUCGCCCAGAUGAUCGCCGAAGCAGGCAAGGGCAAAUUCGAGUCCCGCCACGGUGUGCCCGGUCACUUCCAGCAAGGCACAACGCCAUCGCCUAUGGACCGCGUGCGAGCAGUCAGGUUCGCGACCAAGGCCAUGCAGCACAUUGAGGCAUUUGCUGGUCUGGACCCGGAUGCUGUUGAAGACGACCCCAUGUCAGUCAGCGUCGUUGGUAUCAAGGGCUCGAAACUGCUCUUCUCCCCGAUGGAGACGGUCGAGAGGAAGGAGACGGAGUGGCACCGCCGACGCCCCAAGCACGAGUUCUGGAUGGCGCUGAAGAAGACGGUCGAUACUCUUAGCGGCAGGCCGCAAGUUCAUGUGGAUGGGCCUUUGGACGUUGAUCCCGUGUCGGGCAGGCCGAGGGGCGCGACGGUAGUCGGGACUUGA